AUGUCUUCUGCUUUUGAAGAAGUGAUUGUUGAGACUCCUGCUCAAUUCGAUUCCACUAUGCAAUCGGUGGUGAAUAAUCAUCCGGGUUCAUUGGUUUUUGUUUACAUCACUGGUAAGAAGGAUACAACUACAGGAAAGAGUUGGUGUCCAGAUUGUGUGGUUUCUGAACCAAUUGUUACCGAAGACUUCCUUCCUGAAGUUGACAGAGAAUGCAAGAAGAAAGGACUCAAGACCAUUCUUGUGAAAGCUCUCGUUGAAAGAUCCGAGUACAAGGGAAAUCCACAAUAUCCAUAUAGAACUCAUCCUGAUUUGCGUGUCAAGUCAAUUCCAACAUUCAUCUUAUGGAAUGCCAAGGACGACGAGAAGGCCCGCACUGAUAACUUUAAUGAUCUUGAUCGAUUGGAUGCUAUGCGUGUUGCAGCCAUCAAAAUUGCAAAACAAUAA